AUGUGGAUCAACAAGUUCUUCUUCCUUCUUUCAUUUGUAUGCAUGGCCAUAUUCUCCACCUCUCAACCCUUGCCUUCACCACCACAACCCAUACCUUCACCACAACCUUUGCCUACACCACAACCAUUCCAAGUAGACUGUUGGUCAUCACUAGAAGUAAUUCCAGACUGUGUACCCGAAAUAUUCCGGUCGAUAACAAAUGGAAAGUUCGGGAACGUUGGUCCUUCUUGCUGCCAUGCCUUCAUGGGUCUCGAUGCUGAUUGCAUCCCUCAGAUGUUUGUCUUUGCUCCUCUCUUCCCUCCUUCUCGAAGUCUCAAGGAUCAUUGCUCCCAAACAAAAACUGUGCCGCCAUAA